UCUCAUGGUAAUUCUGGGAUGGCAACUGUGGCUUAUGCUGCCCAAGGACGAGGAUCACCUAUGACUUCUAAAAAUUUGCAAUGUUUCUGUUGCAAGGAGUAUGGGCAUAUUGCUGCCAAUUGUCCCAAGAAAUAUUGUUCUUAUUGCAAGAAAAAGGGUCAUAUUAUCAAAGAAUGUCGCAUCCGUCCACAGAAUCGUCAAGCUCAAGCAUUCCAGACUUCUGUUAUUGUUCCUCCUGCAGCAACUCCUGUAGCACAUGGCUCCUCCUCAGGUGCUUCCUCUGAUUUUGCACCUCCUGCAGCAAAUUACUGUACACCAGAAAUGGUGCAACAAAUGCUCAUUUCGGCAUUAUCUGCAAUGGGAUUUCAAGGACCAGGUCACGGGGGAGCCGAUCGCGAAGGGACCUAAAGUGGGGCGCUUGUUUCCACUAUUUUUACCUAUUCCCAC